AAAAGAACCGCACGAGUUGGAGAUCGACCAGAAGAUGAAUGGAUUUGGUAUCUUUAAACCCGACCCAGAUCUACCUUUUUGCACCGCCACUUCACACCCAACACAAGUUCCCACCUUCACCCGUUUUCGGAUUCGGGUAUCGACCCGUUUUCAACCCUCUGUUACAGAAACCAAUUUCCUCUUCAAUCUCUUCUCACCAAAAUUCCUGCCACAAGAAGAGGUUGACCGCCGUGAAGGCCAGCCGCAAAGGAGAGACUCCUUACGAGGUCUUGGGCGUCUCGCCUGCUGCAACUCCACAUGAAAUUAAGAAAGCGUAUAGGAAACUCGCUCUUAAAUACCAUCCUGAUGUCAAUAAAGAGCCCAAUGCAAAGGAGAAGUUUAUGAGGAUUAAGCAUGCCUACAAUACAGUGCUAAACUCCAAGGCAAGAAAGAAGUAUGGUUCUGGAAGUGACUCAUCUAAUGAUUCUUAUGACACAACUUCGGGUAGCCAAAGUGGAACAACAAAAGAUGAAGAUUUUUAUGGAUUUGGUAACUUUUUCAGGGAUGUACAAGUUACAGUAGAGGACUUCUUUAAGGAUGUUCAAGAAGAAUUCCGAAAUUGGGAAGUAAAUUUAGCCUCACAAGGGAAGCCGAAGAGUUUGUGGGAGGAAGUGGCGGAAAUUGGUGAAGAAUUCAUUGAGUUUUUAGAGAAGGAACUUGACAUAACUGAUGCUGAGGCAGAAGAGGAGAGCCUCAGGGAAAAAGCGGCUCAGAAUAAUGCAUCUUCUAGUGUAGAUGGAAUGUCAAAUGGCACAGAACAUAAAGCGACUGAAAAAAGAAGUAACAUUGAGGAAAAUUUGGAUGAGAUCGAAGAAGCUCUAGCUCGGUUGAAGAAGGAAUUGGGACUACUAUGAUGGAAAGCCUAGAAUAGUUAUUGGAAACUGUAAGUGGUUGUAUCAAUGUGUUAACUAGUUGCCAUCAAAUUUCCCCAGGCUUAGUGCAUUCCCUCUACAUGGUUUAAGCGUGUAACUUUACAAGCGCAUACUCCACAUUUUUUUGGUGAACAAGUGUAUUGUGUCAUAUGAAGAUAGUAAAUUAAUUUGUUAGAUUAUAGCACGUUUGAAUUGCAUCCAGUUUGUAGAUUAAAAGAACAGAAAUAAUUUUUAUGAGAUGAAUGGAGCAUUAUAUAUUUGUACA